AUGCAGAACCAUCACAACCACGUUAUUCCACAAUCGCAAUUGCAAUUGCAAUUGCAAUCCAACCAGCCACAAUCCUCAAAUCCUGCGUCAUCAGCAGCCAAUCAUCAUCAUCAUCAUCAUCAUCAUUAUGCUCAUCAACAACAAGCGUAUGCUUCGUAUGCCACCAUGAGGCCAGCGUUGAGUUAUCCAAACCAUCCACCGCCGCAGCAUCAGUAUGCUGGAUACAACCAUAAUAGUUAUUGCAAUCAUCAAGCACCACCAAUGACAUUUUCUCAACCGCCUCCUCCUCCUCAAUCUUCUUCUUCUUCUUCUUCUUCUGGAACGACACCCUCCCAUCAAGUCAAACCAAGAAAGGUCACUCCACCCAAAGCGCCACCAGCAGCAUCGGCCUCUCGUCGCUCGGAACGCAAGCGCAAGUCGACAUUGGUCUAUGUGGAUGGACAUGCCGUCUUGAGGCAAAACAAUUACGAAGUCAAGGGUGGGGAAUAUGUGCAUGGACACGUGUAUUCCAACGCCCCUCGUCCCAGCAAGCGGACCCGCGUCGAUCGCAAUCAUGGCAAUAUCAUGGCAACCAAAACCCCAAACACGGAACCAGCACCAAGAGUGGUUUCGGCCCAUGAAGUCCAACGCAAACAUCACAAUGCGCGUGUCCAAGCCGUGGUCCGCCAGAACGAAGGAUUGCGAUGGAACUUUUUGGGCCAGCAUGUGGACUUGUUGCAGCAUUUUUGCGAACCGAAAGUCUUGGCCGACCUAAAGAACAAGAAUAGCAGCAACCGAGAAAACUAUAGUAUAUACCAACCUUUGGAUCUUUUGACAGAAGCACCAAAGGCAGUCCAAGCUACAUUGCGAGAUUAUCAGCUACAAGGUUUGACCUUUAUGGCCAACAUGCACAAUCAAAAUCUUUCCAUGAUUUUGGGAGAUGAAAUGGGAUUGGGCAAAACAUUGCAAACCAUUUCCUUUCUGUGCUGGCUGAAAGAGAAUCGUGGCGUUACUGGACCCAGUCUCGUCAUUUGUCCCCUCUCGGUCUUGUCCAGUUGGUGCAAGGAAAUGGCCCAAUGGGCACCAACGCUCAAGUUUUUCCGCAUGCACGCCUCCAGCCCGACCGAGCAAAUGCAUCAAAAACACGAAUUGACGACCAAUGCUUGCCAUUACGAUGUCAUUUUGACCACCUACGAAAUGGCCAAGGUGCCCCUGAUGCGUUCCUUUUACAGUCGAUUGCAUUUCAAUUAUUUGGUAUUGGACGAAGGCCACAAGAUCAAGGGUCACGAAACCCAAAUUGCGCAAGCCGUGCGGAGCAUCCAUGCCGGCAACCAAUUGAUUCUCACGGGAACACCCCUGCAAAACAACAUGGUCGAACUCUGGUCGCUCUUGCAAUUCUUGUAUCCUGCCAUUUUUACCACCAGCGAACCAUUUGCCAAGGCCUUUUGCCUGGCGGAAAAUGUCAUUGACAAGGGAUUUUUGCAGCAAUCGCACCAACUGCUCAAUUUGUUCAUGUUGCGUCGACUCAAGCAAAAGGUCGAGACUUUUAUUCCAGCAAAACUAGAGACCAAGGUCUAUUGCCCACUGUCGAAAACGCAAUCCUUUUGGUACCGAUCGCUGCUCAUGAAGGAUUUGUCCAAAUUGGCCAGUGCCGAAGACCAAGGAAGUGAUGCCCUGGAAGGCAAUGCUCAAAAGCAUACCGUUCUCAAGUCGCUCUUUAUGCAAUUGCGAAAGUGUUGCAACCAUCCAUUUGUCUUUGACGGGGCCGAAAUGGAUCCGGGACAAACAACCUUGGAAGAACUAGUGGCAGCCUCUGGGAAAUUGAGCGUCUUGGACAUGCUGCUCCAGCGACUCUUUCGAGACAAUCAUCGAGCAGUGGUCUUUUCGCAAUUUACUUCCAUCUUGGAUAUCAUUGAAGACUAUUGCCGUUUGCGCGGAUGGAAGUACUGUCGUUUGGACGGGAGCACGGAACGGGCACGUCGCAGCUAUUACAUCAAUCGAUUCAACGAACCCGAUUCUCCCUUUUUCUUGUUUCUGGUGUCGACUCGGAGUGGCGGAAUGGGAUUGAAUCUGCAAACGGCCGAUACCUGCAUCCUGUUUGACAGCGAUUGGAAUCCUCAAUCCGACAUUCAAGCCAUGGGGCGUGUCCACCGGAUCGGGCAAACCAAAACAGUCCAUGUCUAUCGAUUGGUCAGCUCUGGAACGGUGGAGGAACGCAUGUUGCAACGGGCAGAGAAGAAACUCUUGUUGGAAAUGGUCAAUCAAGAAUCCAAAGAAAGUGGCGAGGACGAAAGAGUCCGUGGGCUGUCGGCGGCAGAGCUACUGGAGGAUAUCAAGUUUGGCUCACAGGCAGUCUUUGGUGAUUCGGCCAAUAAUGAAUUGCCGUCGUGGCAAGACAUUGAUACCAUUACUGACCGAGAACGAAAAGAGUCGGAUUCCGUCGGCAAACUUCAUGGAAAUAAACAACAUUCUGCAAAGGAAUUUGAUGCGGAGAAAGCCUUUGGAGAAACCCAAACGUUUGGAGGGAUUGACUUUCGAGCGGUUCGUAAGCAGCAGGAAGACCUUCUGAAAUCCAAGAUUCCACAAAACCUAAAAGGUAUUGGCAAUCUGUGGCAAGAAAUCUCCCAACUCAAGAGCAAGCGCGAACGUAAGAACCGUAUCAUGAUGGUCGAAAGUAAUGGAUCGGGAUACGGCAAACCUGUUCCUGUCCUCAAGUCGAACGACUAUGACUUGGAGAAUGGUGAAUCUUCUGUCUUUGAUCGUGAAUUGAAGAAAGACCGAAAGGCCAAGUUUAAAGUGGCAAAGAAGAAAGUGGAAGGACCUACUUUUGACAACCAAGACUUUUGUCAGGUCUGUGGUGAUGGUGGCAGUUUGGUAUGUUGCGGGCGAUGUCCAUGCUCUGUUCAUUUGAAAUGCGUUGGCUUGAAGCGAGCCAAGGACUUUCUAGCUUGUACGCAUCAUCGCUGUACCGGCUGUGGAAAGAAUCGGCAAUGCGCAGGUGGACUACUAUAUCCAUGCCAGGCAUGCCCCAAUGCCUACUGCGAGGAUUGUCUUCCAAAAAAUGGAGUCACUUACUUGGAGAACGUGCCACGCUUUGAUGCCUUGAAAUUCGACAGUGCGAACAGUCCAGUUGUUUACAUUAUUUGCAGCAACCAGUGCCGUGCUGUGGCAAAGCAAGAAUUUGGAUACGUUCAAAAGCCAAGCAAUGGUGGCAAACGAAAGUGUCUCAGACCGCUUGAUGUUUCCUUUGGGUUCGGAGCUACCAAGAGUUUGGAGGCAGAGCUAUCAGAGCUACAAAAGGAACAAAAGGAACAGGAAACUGGAACCAACUCUACCUCUGAGAAGGUGCGCCGUGGUGGAAGAAUCCCUUCAAAAAUUGAAUCCUUGCCCCAAAUCAAGAAAAACCCAGACAGUAAUUCUUGUGAAGAAUAUCGUCGUUGGAAGGCCCUGCCCAUCUCCGAGCGAGCGAUUGAGAAAGUUUGCCUUAGCACUGGCAAAGUCUUGGACGUAUGCGCCAACUUCAAGGAUGCUUUUAAAAACAGUCGACUAAGCCCUACAACCCUCUAUGAUCGGCUUCGAAAGCAAAGCCCAAGUGAAUGCGACGGCUUCCUGUGGAAGUUGACCACAGUGUGCGAGGCCGGUGAGCAAAGCGUUGCGAAAGGGAAUGAUUCUUGUGCAACGACUGCAUCUUCAAGUAUUUCGAGUGAUAGCACUAGCAGUGACGGCAAAUUAUCGCCACCAAACGAGGAAACCUCUUCGAUGAAUCUGAAUGAAGCCCAACCUAAAUCGCCAGCCACUUCGCUACCAAACGAGGAAACCGUUUCGAUGGAUGAAGCCCAACCUGAUCCGGCAGCCACUUGCGCCUGUAGUUAG